AUGAAUGAACUUGCUUCGGAAAGUCCUGAGGUUCUGCUUGAAAAAGGAUCAUAUGGAGAGGUUACUUUGCAGACCUAUCAAGGCAUGGCCGUAGCAGUUAAAAAAUACAAAAACUGCUCAAAGGAGGAAGUUGUUUGUGAACUUAUUACUGUUUUAAAUGUUAAGGCACACAAGCUUUUACCUAUAGUGUAUGUAACGGAUAUCUGAUAAUGGAUAUAAUAAUGUGCAAAUAUGUAAAUAAGAUUAGUAAGUCAUAAUUAGCCGCGGAUGCUCCACUACCAAGCUGCAUCCGUGUUAUAGUAAAAAUAGCUCUCUAAAUAAUUAAAGGAAGGUAACACCCUAGAGAUAGAGAAUAUAAAUAUGGAAUCGGAAAAUGAAUAAAGUUAAGUUGGAUCUAGACCACGUUGUGUGUUGUGUUAGCUCGGCUCGUUACAUUUGGUGGCAGCGUAAAAGACUACAAGCAACGGCGCCUUUAUAAUGUCGACUGCAAUACUCCCGGGAAAAUUUGAUGAGGGCGAUUUUGACGCCUGGUUGUGCGAGUUUGAUGCCUGUAGUACUGCAAAUGGUUGAAAAGUAACCGAGACUAGCGAUGAUAAAAUUUUAAAAUUGCCAGCCUUCUUGCGUGGUCGAGCGGCUAGUAACUUUUACGCCAUUCCUGAGGGAGAGAGGCGGACUUACGCGGAUGCGGUGAAAGCAAUGCGAGGAGCACUCUGCCCACCUGCAAAACGCGAAAACUUCUUCGCGGAGUUUGAAUUGCGAGCUUUGAGGCCCGACGAAGAUCCGUCGGUCUAUAAAUGGGAGUUGGAGAAUAUCCUCUCAAAAGCUGACUCGACUCUUUCGAACGAUGCUAAGACUGCGUUGUUGACGAGGCAAUUCUCGAGGGGUCUACCACCGACGCUGAAGCUGCUGGAGCAUAACCCUACUCCUACACUGAAUGAAAUGGUCGAGUUCACUCAACGAUUUUGUGCUCUUGGUCAACCAGUAGCGGCCGAGAUACCUCCCGUGCAAGUUGAUUCUGUUGCUCACUUGUCUUCCCCAGCAGACCCAAAAUUACAGGAGCUUAUUACCAUGGUUGCUGGCAUCGCGGAGAAACAACAAGCGGUAGAGAACCGCCUGAAACGUACGGAAAACACUGCACAUACUCCAUCUCGCCCGUCGACGUGUGGAUCCUGCUAUACGUGUGGUUUACCAGGUCACCUUGCUCGAGAUUGUACGCGACAACGAGGCUUUGGUCCAAGGUGGAUGAUCACCUGUUAUAAUUGUGGAAAACAGGGACACAUCGCGCAAGAGUGUAGAUCACCGCGUCAUUUAAACUUCUAAAGGAUGGACGGAAAGUUGGUGGAAAUCGCGCCCAUCCUAUCGUAAGUACAAAUACCACUGAUAAUUGUACAAUUAUUCACCCGUUUGUUGAUUGUUUUGUGGACCAAGUCCGUGUUCGUGCACUCAUUGAUACAGGCUCAAUUAAGUGUUUUGUAAAUCAAACUGUACAAAGAACAAUUGAUUUUGACGAUCGUGCAAUAGAUAAAACUAUAAAACAGAAAUGUGUCUCAAUUACGGGACACAAUGUAAAUAUUCAAGGUCAUCUAUCUAGCACUGUUAAAUUUUUAGGAUCUUGUGCAUCCUUUAACAGAGAAUUUUUAGUUAGUAAUAAUAUACCAUAUGAUUGUGUUCUAGGCUGGGACUUUAUCAGUCAAAAUAAUUUGUCUUUCUGCAAAGAUGUUAAUUUAGGUACCUAUAUUUUUGUUGGUAAACAUGGGGCUACCCCCAUCACUAACUCGCAAUCGUCUACGACGGCAGAUUGA